AUGGAACAAAAUAUUAAUUUACUUUUAUUUACUACAAUUUCUACCUUUAUAAUUUUAAGUUGGAUAUGUCAUUUUUACAAUGAUAUGAGUACUUUUAAUAAAUAUUUAAAUGAAAAUUAUAAUCUUCACGAAAAAAAUCAUAUAAAAAGUUAUCGAUUACUAGCAAAAUGUAAACAGGAUCACAUAUCAAGUAUUGUAGGAUUAAAAAGAGUUAUACCAAAUAACGAACUCAAAGACAAAAUGAAUAUAUGUAAUAGCGAAAAAGAGGAUAAAUGUAAAUAUGAACAAUUAGAAGAAAGUUCAUUGAACAGUGUGGGAUACCAUAAACAAACUAAGAAAAAUAAAACAUGUAUAUUUGAAACAAAAGACUAUUCUGAACUUGAAAAAAAAAUAUUCAAAGAACUAGAUUAUUUUGAUUUUCUUAGAAACAACAGAACGAUUAGUGACAAUCUGUACAAAAUAGUGGUACUAAAAAAAUGCCAAUUACGCAUUUUUACUCCUGUAAUAUUGUUAAUUCUGUUAUCAGUAUCACUCGUAUUAGAUUUUUACUUUAACUGUGGCCUCAAAAGGGGAUUAUUCGCAUUGUUAAAAUUUUCAUUAGGUAGUAGAACACCAUUGGAUAAAUUAUAUAAUUAUUUGAAGGAAAAUUUAGGUUCGUUUUUCGUGUAUGAUUUAGGUAAUAAUAAAUUUUUACGUAUAACGCCGUUUUUUAAUUUUCUGAUAUACUUCACAUCGUUUGUUAUAUUGAGUAUAACAGUAAUAUUUGGAAUUUUUUAUUACCAUAAAAAAGUUAAAAAAUAUGAAAAAAUUAAAUAUAAGAAAAGAUAA